GGGAGAGGGGGACAUUUAGCCAGUGCUGAGUUUUUACUACCCCCCACAAUUGGAGGCGAGGAGCAGCAGAGGGGCAAAGUGGAGCGACCAAGGAGGAAAACCCUAACCUUUCUUACUAAAGAGCCAGAAAACAGCACUUACAGGAUUCGACAGGGAGGUCUCUGAUGAGCACAGAGAAGGUGUGUGUGGUGUUACUCUAACAUUUAGAGCUGCAUUCUGAUAGACAAAGGCUGGGCAGAUACUAAAAGCAGCACAAUGUCUCGAUCCGACGAGGUUAACAAAAUGACAGAAAACGUCUACAAGGGUAUCCUGGAGCAGUUUAACCCCAGUCUGAAGAACUUUGUCACCAUGGGAAAGCACUAUGAGAAAGCACUGACUGGAGUGACGGUUGCCGCUAAGGGCUACUUUGAUGCACUGGUCAAACUGGGGGAAUUGGCCAGUGACAGCCAAGGAUCCAAAGAACUGGGUGACACGUUGUUUCAGAUGGCUGAAGUGCACAGACAGAUCCAAGUGCAGUUAGAAGAUGUGCUGAAGCAGUUUCACUCUGAACUUCUCUCUCAGCUGGAGCAGAAGCUAGAUCUGGACAUUAAAUACCUUACAGCAACCCUUAAGAAGUACCAGAAUGAGCGCAAGUCGAAGUCGGAGUCUAUUGAACGCUGCCAAACACAGCUGAAGAAGCUGCGCAGAAAGAGCCAGGGUAGCCGUCACCCCAACAAGUAUGGAGAUCGAGAGAUGCAGCAUGUAGAGCUGAUGAGUCGCAAGCAGACCGAGUUGGAUACGUUGGUUGCUGUGGGUUACCGCUCAGCUCUGACAGAGGAAAGGAGGAGGUACUGCUUUCUGGUGGACCGCCAGUGCUCCGUCACAAAGCUGCUAAUCAACUACCACUGCAAGGUGCGAGAGCUGCUGUCCCAGAAGUUAUCAUCAUGGCAGCAGUCUUGCUCCCAGCCAACCAAACUCCCUGAACGAGCGCUCAACCUGCUGCGGCACACAGCCCCUCAAGGUACUGGGGCUGCUGGGAUAGCAGAGGUCCUCCGACAUGCCAAACUUGGCACUGCUCAGCCUGGGGAGCAGAGGUUGUCUGUACAGGAAGUCCCGCCCUUGCUUAAUGGUGAGGCCAGCAGUCGUUCACAACAGCAGCAGCGAGGCAGUCAGUCUGGCUCGGCUGACCUCAGUCCUGCCUCUCUCCCUACACCCACUGCAACCAGCACCCCGCAACACAUAUCGCCCAACGGCCCCGCCCAUAGUUCCAGUGCCUCCGCCAGCCCCGCCCAGUCCCAGUCCAGUCUGCAGUCUCCUCCUUCAUCCGUUUCUGCCUCUCUCUCUCUCAGCCCCGCCUCCCUGCAAGGCCUGAUUCUCCCUUCCAACGCCCCACAUAGUCCUCCUCUCCCCCACAGUGCACCUCUCUCUCGUGCCCUCACACCUGUGCCCUUUGCUCUCCAGCAGGGUGGUGCCACCUCUCCACCCACCCAUAAUCCUCUACUGUUUAAGGCUGCUGACCACUAUGCAACUUCAACAUUACCCUUGCCAAGGAGAGUGCCAAGUGAGUUACGCGCUGGGAUCUUCGGUUCCACACUUCCUCGGGUCCUCCCUCUCGCUCCUCCUCUUCGUGUUGAAGCGCUGUUCCCUCAUUCCCCGACCUCUUCUGAAGGAGGCCCUGGUGGAGAAAGAGGAGGAGGAUCCUGUCUGCUGUCCUUUCUCCCUGGAGACAUCCUAAGUCUGCUGAUCAGUGAGCCAAGAGAUGGAUGGCACUACGGGCAGAAUGAGAGGACAGGACGGAAAGGCUGGUUUCCUUUCUCCUACACCCAGCCGUUCUCAAGCACACCGGAACAGCAGGAUAUCAGUCUCCCCCUGCUGUCUAAGAUGAAUAGCACUAGUACAGGGCAACUGGACAGACUGCCCCCUGCUGGUGAGCUGAAGCAGGCAAGUCCAGACUCGGAGGAUGAUCGGAGUGUGGUGUCUCAGCGCAUCAGCACUUUUAGGCCGCGGCCUUACAGCAUGAUGAACCCUGACACCAGACAGCUCAGCCCCAGACUGUCUGCUCAGCUGGAGAAAGACAAACUGUCUGCUGAGCGCUCGUCUCCACCACCAUCUCCCUCAAGGACCAAUCCGUUUGCUCACAUUCGCCUGAGGAAAACAGUGACCAAUGACCGCUCGGCUCCUCUCAUUGAUUAGGUUUCUGUUUUUACAGUUUGAACCAGGCCAGGCUAAUUAAGAAGCCGUUUUUUUAUGAUAAUUUCAUCCAGGUUUCUGUGCCAACACUCAUAAACAAGCAUCUUGUUAUUCUCCAUCCUGUUCUUGUUAUCCCCAUUCUUGGCACUCCUUGUCUAACUCUGAUUUUCAAUGGCAGGAAUGAAUGGCGUUUUCACUUUCUGUGGUAAAGAUAUAUGCUGAGACCCCUAUACAUUUUGCUCUGUGUAGAUUUUGCUAACUCUGUUUUUGAGUUAUACUACUAGUAACUGAUGUGCAUAAGCUUGCAUAUACCAAUGUUCAUAGUCUGACUUAUUUUCAACCUUUGUAAUUCAGAGAAUCAAUUAGUGUACACAGAUGUACAUAAUGUUACCACUCAAUAUUGUGACUCUAUACAUAUCACAGUUGAUUUUUGAUAAAAAAAAAAUAAUAAUAAAAAAACAGUCGUAGACCUGGAGUGCCAAAUAUGGGCAUAAUGCUGAUUACAGAAUGGCACACGACUGCAAUACUGGUCAAUACUGUAGUAAUAGUAGUAUAGUGUAAAAGCACUGGAGCCAUACUGAUGGAGCGAUACAUUUAAAAUACAUCAACCUGGUUCCUGGGCAGUAUUCUAAAUCUGCAUAAACCAUACAUAUAUUUUUAUUAAAUUGUGUUAAUAGGAAACACAAAAUAUAACUCCUUGUAAGAGAAACACUUUUCCUGUAUGAUGACUGUAAUUUGGAAGUUAUUAUACUU